UGCAGCGAUGAAAGCAGAGGAGAAAAUCGAGACACGCUAGUGGAUGUGACACAAAAACACCAGUUAGAACUACGAAUAGCUUCACCACCAGCCGUCAGCCUUGUUCACCUCGCAGCUGUCCAGUAGUUUUAUCGAAGAGAAGAAGCUAGCUGUGAGAAAGAGGAAGCAGAGCUAACAGUGAGACAUAGGGGGGUUUGUCGGCCCACUGCAAUCUGAAUCACCGAAACUCACCCCCACCGCUGGUUCAUCAUCGACGUGCGCAUCCUAACGGAGGCAGAAAGCACCGGGAAGGGACGGGACCCGAGCCAGUGUUUGACCCUCUGCCGCAGCCCCGAGGUGCGCUGCUUGGCAGAGCAUGCUAAAUAAUGAGCCAAAGGGAUACACUGGUUCAUUUGUUCGCUGGAGGAUGUGGCGGUACAGUUGGUGCUAUUUUGACUUGUCCUCUGGAAGUGGUGAAGACCAGACUGCAGUCCUCCUCCAUCACUCUCUACAUCUCUGAAGUCCAGCUCAACACUGUCAACGGAGCAAGUGUGGCCCGCGUAGCCCCGCCAGGGCCUCUGCAUUGUCUCAAGUUAAUCAUUGAGAAAGAGGGAGCCCGUUCACUCUUUAGAGGACUCGGACCCAAUCUUGUGGGUGUGGCACCUUCCAGGGCGAUCUACUUUGCUGCCUAUUCAACAGCUAAGGAGAAACUCAAUGGCGUGCUGGAGCCAGACUCUACCCAUGUGCACAUGGUAUCAGCUGGGCUGGCAGGGUUCACCGCCAUCACAGCCACCAAUCCCAUUUGGCUGAUCAAGACACGCCUGCAGCUGGACUCCAGAAACCGGGGAGAGCGACGCAUGAAUGCGUUUGAGUGUGUGCAGCGGGUGUACCAGAUGGACGGUCUGCGAGGUUUCUACAGGGGCAUGUCAGCCUCAUACGCUGGAAUCUCUGAGACUGUUAUCCAUUUUGUCAUCUAUGAGAGCAUCAAACGGAAACUAUUGGAGGCGAAGGCCCAGAACAGCAUGGACGACGAGGUGGAGUCUGUCAAAGACGCCUCUGACUUUGUGGGCAUGAUGCUCGCAGCAGCCACCUCCAAGACCUGUGCUACCUCCAUCGCCUACCCCCAUGAGGUGAUACGCACACGGCUACGAGAGGAGGGAAGCAAGUACCGCUCGUUCUUCCAAACUCUGAUUACAGUACCCAGGGAGGAGGGAUACCGAGCGCUGUAUCGUGGCCUAACCACCCACCUGGUCAGACAGAUCCCCAACACCGCCAUCAUGAUGUGCACCUAUGAAGUGGUGGUCUACCUGCUUGGUCGUUAGCCCACCAGGCAUGUCUCCCUCCUGGUUUCAGAGGGAGACAGAAGCGGUUAGCCAAAUGAUUGAGAAGGAUGCCCUUUGGUGAGGAACAG